AUGGUUGGUUGCUACAAGGUCCCCAUCAUCUCCUUUAGCAUGACCCACCAGCUUGACAGCAAAUCGCUGAGUAACCAAGAAAACUUAAAAUUGUUUGAGAAAUGGAACAAUCCCAAUGACCAUGGCCACAAUUAUAAAGUUGCGGUGAUAGUACAUGGAGCGAAUGAUCCUGUUACAGGCAUGGUUAUGAUUUUGACUGACCUCAAAGAAUAUAUGGAGGCAAUUAAGAAGCCCUGUGAUCAUAAGAAUCUGAAUCCAGAUGUGCCAUACUUUGCAGAUGUUGUAAGCACUACAGAAAAAUGUAGCUGUGCAUAUCUGGGAAAAUCUCCAGAAUUUCUUCCUCUAGAAAUUUUUUAUAAAGUAAAAGUAUACGAGACUGACAAUAAUAUUAUUGUCUAUAAAGGAGAAUAG